AUGUCUUCAGCCCAGGAUGAUCCAGCAACGAAAUUUGCCUCCCGAAUUGCCACUGUCACCUCAUUACUAGUCAUUAUUACUUGUUCUCUGCUGUACACUGCUACCAUAGUAGGAAUAGAAACUUCCGCAUCUCAGUACGAAGACAUGUUAAGAGCUUUUGAGGAAACUCACCAAACCACGUAUAAUGAUCUCAAAUCACUGGAAGUCGAAAGAAUAAGAAGAGAUGCAUACUACACUCAACCUCGGAAAAGCAUGCUCGAGUACGGUGUGGAUGGAGGAGGGUAUGUUCGUCCACAUAGAAGGAGACCAAGUACAUACGAACCUCGAAUAUGCGGUAGGUUAAAAAUAAUUCAUGUACGUUUUCUCAAGCGAAAAAUGACGCGUACAAAGCGAAAGUUCAAACCUUUGUUUACUAGUCCUUUAACAGACUGCACAGUGAUACAAUGUCCCCGUGGGCCACGAGGUCCACCUGGUGUCAAUGGAAUACCAGCUGAAGAUGGAAUCCCGGGCGAGCCAGGUCGCCCAGGGAUUGAUGGAAUCUACCUCGGUGAGGAAAUGGUGUGUUCACCCUGUCCGCAAGGUCCACGCGGUGAAGAUGGUCCACAGGGUGAACCAGGAGAACAAGGCAAGCCUGGCAUUCCUGGAGUGCCAGGCCAGGACGGUAACAAUGAGCCUGGCCCGGUCGGCCCACCGGGCAAUAGGGGGCAGACCGGAAGGCCUGGCAAAAAAGGAAUUCCUGGAGAAUCUGGUCAAGAUGCAGUCCAGCUGAUUGGUCUUCCUGGCCCAAAAGGGGAGCGGGGACCACCCGGAUUCGCCGGUUCGCGGGGAGAUCCUGGAGCUAAUGGAAUACCUGCUCCUCCAGGACCAGAAGGACCUCCUGGAAGUAUCGGAGAUGUUGGCGACCCAGGCGAAUACGGUUUGCGUGGUCCUGCUGGUAGAAGAGGCCCGCCAGGAGAAGAUGGUGGCUAUUGCCAAUGCCCUCCACGCGACGAGACGUCGACUAGCAGAUAA